GUGAAAGAAGAGGAAGACUCGUUCAGAGUGAAAGAGGAAGAAGAUGUUACAGUAAAAGAAGAGGAGGAAGAGAAAGAGGAGGAUGCAGUUUUUGGAGUGAAAGAGGAGGAGGGGGAGAUGACUGUUACAUCGAAAAACGAGGAGGAGGAAAAUGGAUAUCUGGGCCCGGUUUCCCAAAGUCAUCUUAAGGCAUCCAAUGGUUCUAAUGAUGAACUUAACCGUGAAAUGGUUUUGAGAAACCGUGCCCUGAUUAACACUAGAGAGAGACAUGACAAACGUGGAUCCUCUGGGGAGCCUCAACAACAUCAUGAAGCUGACGAGGCAGAGAAGAGUCUCUCCACAUCAGAACACCUCAAGAAACACCAGCGGAAACCCACAGGGAAGAAAUCUCACCGCUGCUCUGUCUGUGGGAAGAGUUACUCAAGAUCAGAUUCACUGAAGGCACACCAGAGAAUUCACACAGGGAAGAAGUCUCACCACUGCUCUGACUGUGGGAAGACUUACUCAAGAUCAGAUUCACUAAAAGUACACCAGAAAAAACACAUUGGAGAGAAACCUCACUGCUGCUCUAAUUGUGGGAAGAGUUGCACCUCUUUAGCAACCCUAAAAAUACAUCAGAGAAUCCAUAGAAGAGAAAAACCUUAUAGUUGCUCUGAUUGUGGGAAGUGUUUUGUUUUGUCAGGACAUCUAAAAUCACACCAGAGAACCCACACAGGACAGAAACCUUAUAGCUGUCAUCUAUGUGGGAGGAGUUUUAGGCACUUAAGCAGCCUGAUAGUACACCAGAGAAUACACACAGGAGAGAAACCUUACCAAUGCUCUGACUGCGGAAAUAGUUUUGUUUCGUCAGGACUUUUAAAAUCACACCAGAGAACACAUACAGGAGAGAAACCUCAUAGCUGUGAUCAAUGUGACAAGAGAUACUCUGAUAAAAGAUCUCUGAUUAAACAUCAGAAAAUACAUACAUGAAGGAGUUGUUCAAUGUGAGAAGAGUUUUAUUGAAUCUAGAGAGCUGACUUUGCACCAGAGAAUACGUUAUAUCAAUGAAAAACAUGUCACAAUGGAAUAGGAGUAGGGUAAUGAAACCCUAAAUGUUUGCCCUGUUCUAUUGAUUUCAGCUAUGGAUUGAAAUGAAAGAUGAACUAUUUAUGUGAUUAACCAAAAAGUGACUGACAAAAAGUGUUGCGUUAUGAAAAGAAAAUUACAUUGUAGUUAAACAUAUUUAGUUUUUUUUCAAUGACUUGAAAAACAUCUUAAUUUCAACGUACUUGCAGCCUAUACACAUGGAUGCAGUAUAAUAAAUGGGUCUAUAAUCAAUUUUUAUUAACAAUCUUACAUCACUCCAGUAUUUCUUGACAACAUUCAAAUGCUAAUUGUCUUUAUUCCACUACUGAAGAAGCAUGACUCAAAUCACCUCAUAUUUCAAACAUUCAGCCUGACAAAAUAUACAUGUUUUAUUAUUCCAUGCCUCACCAUUAAGUGAAGUAUUGCCAAGACAUAUUAACAAAGGGGUGAACAUUUGGUUUUGAUAUUUCGUAAUAUUAGCAUUUUUGUAACACUUAGUUGCGUAAAUAAUUAUGAUUAAUAACUGAGUUUUUAUUGGUACAAUUAUAUUGUUUACUAACAUUGUAGUAAAACUAGCUUAUAUUUCUUAUAUUUCUGGUUGGGUAUUACAUCCUAUUCUAACUAUUUUAAUUAACUAUUUUAAUUCAUUAGUCUUUUCAGUUUUAUUGUUAUUCUUUAUUUAUCCUUAUGAUUGUUGUGUAGUAAAUAUUACAGUUAUUGUUCAUUAGUCUUUCAGUUUUUAUUGUCAUUUUUUUUCCUGUUUGUUGUGUUGGAAAUAUUUAUAUUUUUAUUGUCAUUGUUUUUAUUCAUUGUUUUUUCCUCUGAAGACUAUUGUGUUGU